AAUUUACCGAAUUAAUACAUAAUUGGAUCUCACUUACACUCCCCUCCAUAAGUUUGGCAACCUACAUUUUUAUUGGAUAUGAUAUUAAAGUCUGUUAUUUUUUAACCUUCAUUGUCGUUCCUUUCAUUCAUUUGUUCGAUUUUUAUGGUGCAUUUUAGGCUAUCGCAAAACAUAAAUAGGCUUUGACAAGCGAUUCAACUGGGAAUUAAUGGCGGGGAGUGUACUUUUAUACAAUAUUGUAAUACUUAAAAUUAAAAAAUUAGAAGUAAUCUCAAAUAUUUCCAUUCAAGGAUUUUGUGCAUUCUAAGCAUAAUAAUUCGAAUUGAAUUAGACUCUGAACAAGAUAACUAAAUUUAGCAGUUUUGAGGCUGAUAAAAUGCGGUAGCUGCCAUGAUAUAAAUGAGGUAGCUGCCAUGAUAUCGUUGAAUGAGUGUUCGAUAACGAAAUAAAUGUCAGCCACUUAAGGAAACGUAACAUACUUUCUUUAAUUCUGAAUGCAUAACUAUAUUUUGAUUGCAUAAUGCGAUAACUCUGAUUAAGCAAAGCUCGAAUAUCAAAUUAUGACCCCUCAUUCCAAGAAUAUACAGACGAAACUAUCUGUUCUAUUGAAAAAGGUUUUAAAAUUGAUACGGAUUUCAGAGAUUCAACAAAGUGCACAGUAUCGGCAUUGUAAAAAGAUGGAACUAAAACGAAAAAACUAUUAAUACAGGGUUUCUAACAAUUAGGUUUACAUUUAUUCAACUAUAAUUUCUAUAUAUUUGCAAUCAUAUUAAUAUAGAAAUUCAACUAAUAAAAUGUUUUAAAAGAAACCUUUUUUCCUACAUGGUAACUAUAAACCGAGCUAUUGGUCACCCAGUGCAUGCACAUGUUCGACGAAUUGAGUUUGUUCUGUUGUAUCAUGAUUGCGCCGUAAUUAGUUAAUUUGGUUAAAAACUAUUUUGAUUAUAGACAAUACGAUAUGACGAUGCUAUAAUGUUGCUUGAUAAUAUAUGUAUGAUCACAAAUACCCAACGGCGUUGUUGGAUUUUUAAUAUGUACAUUAAUAUUUCGAUUUUUAUAGUUUAUUAAUUGAUGUAAUUACGGUCAGUAUUCGCAUCCCUCUAACAUAUGCAGUUUGAUUCUAAAUGGCUUUAUGAAGUAAACUUUCAAAACCUUAUGGAAAUGAGCAAUUUUUUAAACGGAUAAAUAUUGUUUAAACGCAAGGACAGCAAUUACAAUUGAAUCAAAUGGAAUGAGUGUAGCCGGAAGUCUCCAACCGGAAGUUAGAGAGGACAAGGAAAAUAGUUUCGAAGCGUUUUAAUUAUCUAUACGCUAUACAGCAAAUAAAAUGAAUUUUGCAAGUUCAUUUCAAAUGCACACCUUACUAUAUUUAUGGAUUACAUCAUUUCUACUUACAUCUAUACGAUCAGUUGAGCACAAGCAAAACUUACUAUGGGCGCAAGAAGGUGGCGAUGAGAAUUCAAAAAUUGUCGCCAUACAAGGAUCGCCAUCUAUUUGGGUCCCAAAUAGACAGGCGGCAACUAGUCAUAUCACUGCGCCAAAAUCCAACUGGAAAUUUACCGCACUUGGAAGCAACUUUGCGCAAAGGACUAUUUUCUGGGCGGACGGAGGAAAUAAGAAUAUUCAGGGUUUACAACUUAACAGUGGUGAAACUUCUCCUUUUACAGUGUUCCACGGUACAUCAGGUAAAGUGAAUGGUCUGACAGUCGAUUGGUUGACAAAUCUCGUGUAUUGGACAGACGCCAUCUAUAACUGGAUAGCGUUAUCAACGGCUGGGAAGUCCCAAGGUCAUUUCAAAAUUAUUAUCAAAACGGGACUCGACAUCCCUGCUGCAAUAGUGGUCCAUCCAAGUAAGGGAAUGCUUUUCUGGAGUGAUAUUGGAUCGAAUCCAAAAAUCGAGAGAGCAACACUAUCCGGAGAAAAUCGCACACUUUUAGUACAAAAAGAGUUGACAUUCCCAACUGGCCUUAGCCUCGAUUUCGAUAAGAAUCGUCUGUAUUGGUCAGAUGGAGGUCAGGGCAGAAUCGAAAGCGUUGAUCUGAAUGGUGGAGACAGACGGGUUGUAUAUGAACGUCAAGGAGCAAAUUAUUUUGGCGUUGCUGUUACGCAGGAUUAUAUUUUUGCAACAGAACGGAACGAGAAACAGUUAAAGGUUAUAAACAAGAACACAUCGUUGAAUGAGUUGAACUUUAACCUACCCGAGCUGCCGAAUAGUGUCAUCGUAUAUGAUAACAUUUCACAGGAUGUCACAACGAGUCUAUGUUCGAACUCAAGCUGUGACCAUUUCUGUGUGAUGACCCCUGAAGGUGAAUCUCAAUGUCUUUGCUCAGAUGGGUUCAUACUCAUGGACGAUGGAACAACAUGUAAAGGUCGCGGUUACCAUGGCAUCCCACAAUACAUAUACUCAAUCGGGUCCGCCAUUUGCCGCUUUCCCGCAAAUCUGCCCGACAUCAGCAUGGCGAACAUUAGCUUGAGUAAACAGUGCUUCUUGCCUAGACGCAGGAACGCUAACACACUCGGAUUCAACAUAAGGGAGAGGGCUGUGUAUUUCACAGAGAAUGACACAAGAUCGCUGUGGAAACUUCAAAUGGACGAAGACGAUAAUGAAAAACAACGUCCGAAGCUAGUUAUAGGUGGACUUGGCCAAGUAGAGGGUAUAGCAGUGGAUUGGUUGAACAACCAUAUAUAUUGGACAGACAUAUUACUCCGGCAGAUAUUCGUAUCCAAUACAGACGGUUCCAGACAACAUAUUCUUUUCCAAAAAGACUUGGAAAAACCAAGGGGAAUUGCAAUUGAUCCAAUCGAAAAGUAUAUGUUUUGGAGUGACGUAGGGUUGUCGCCGAAAAUUGAAAGGGCGAGCCUUGAUGGUUCAGAGAGAAAUAUUCUAGUUGGGUUAACAAAGGGAUCGCCUAAUCACAUCACACUCGAUGUUCGUAUGCAAAGAUUAUAUUGGACGGACUCCAUCUUGGAAACUGUAACAUCUACUGACUACAAUGGAGAGGGCAAAAAGACAAUCAUAUCUUUACCACAGAGUAACAUUUUCGGGAUAACAUUGUUUCAAGACUACAUUCUAUGGACUGACCAAGAUUCUCAAAAUGGCUUGCAUAUAGCAUUAAUAGAAGAUGGCGUCAAAAUACGAGGCAUUUUACAUCCGGGUAUCGGCAAAGCAUAUGACGUCAUAACCUAUGACGAGUCAAUCCAGCCUGAUGGUCAGAGCCCAUGUGAUGGUAUCAAGGCAAAAUGUAAGCACUUAUGUCUUCCAAAUAGAAGUCCGUCUGGGUUUACCUGUGCCUGUGCUAUAGGCUACACAUUGCAUGAGGAUGGUGUCACUUGUACGUCUGAUGUCGUCUAUGACAAUUUCAUUCUUUUGACUGAUACAUAUCACAAAGAAGUGUUCCAACUUGAUUUGUCGACAAAUAAUGUGCAAACCAUCCCCCUCUCUGGCCAUGGUAAUACUAUUGCAGUGACGUACGAUCCAAAGGAUUUUAGAAUUUAUUGGACGGAUGUGACGUCACAGGUUAUAAAAAGGGCGUUUCUAAAUGGUUUUCAAGAAGAGGUCAUCAUGCAGUUACCUUCUGAUUCAAUAGCAGACGGCCUGGUGGUAGACCCUGUAUCAAGACUACUUUUCUACACUGAUACAGGGCAGAAUAUCAUUGCAGUGAUGUCGUUAGAUGGCGCCUUUCACAAGACCUUAAUCAAUAGUGGCAUUGAUGAGCCAAGGACAAUUGUCUUGGACCCUAAAGCCGGAUACAUGUAUUGGACAGAUUGGGGGUAUUUUUCUCGUAUUGAGAGAGCUGAUAUGAAUGGGGAGAACAGAGUUGUCCUGGUAGAGGUUGGCAAGGGAAGAUGGCCAAAUGGACUUACUAUUGACACUGAAGCUGGUCAGCUAUAUUGGUGUGACGCAAGGACUGAUAGAAUAGAAACAGCAGAUGUUAGAGGAAGAUUCAGAAAAGUGCUUCUGCAGGAAAAACACGUGCACUACUUUGGUUUAGCUGUGAGUGAAGAGAACAUUUACUUCACAGACUGGACAAGAAAAAACGUCCUCAAGGCAAAUAAAACAGAUGGGAGUAAUAUACAGCUGGUUGGUCCACCAGUUUUCUCGAGACUUAAUGAUAUUUACAUCUUCAAACAAUCUGCCGUAACCCAAGUUGAAAACCAGUGCAGUGUUGGAAAUCAGUGUGAACAGCUUUGCUUACCCAUUUCUACUGAAUAUAGAUUCGAGUGCGCAUGCGAAGACGGAACUCGAUUGAUGGAUGACAAAUUCAGCUGCAGUGCUAGACAAGAGACACGACCUACAGAAGUACCAACCAUGGCACCUACAACUGUAACAUCGAGUACAGAAUCACCAACACUAAGCGAAACACUUGAACCACAUUUAAUCAUAGACGUAGAGGGUUAUGCCGUCACAAAUAUCACUAUUACCACCACUCCAAAUCUACAAUAUAUAACAUUACAACCAACUCAAAGCAUGAUUAAUGAAACACUUCCAACCACUGAACGUGUCACUGAAUAUACUUACUCAACCAAGAGUACUUCUUUUAGUACAGAGCCUGACAAAGACAUUCAUCAAAGUUCACUAGGCACGCAAAUCGCGUUUAAACAAACAGAAUUUCCAACUACACCGAGAAGGUCAGCAAAUAAGGACAUUUCACCUCCUACUACAGAUUCGUCAAAUGUUAUUAUAACGACUAGCCCAGAGAUAAAAUCAACUUCUCGUUCAUCAUUUAAUUCAAGCGAAUUUGAAAUGACGGAAAAUCACAAAAAUAUAAAAAACUAUGACGACGUAUUAAAUGGACGGGAAAAUAUUUGGAAUCCUAAUCAGGAUAGAGAGGGUACACUUGUUUCAGUUACCACGACAACUUACUCAAACACAACUCUGGAAGAGCUCUCUAAAGAUGAAGAUGGUAAUCACGUUGUCGGAGGUAUUAUUGGAGUUGUCGCUGGUCUCAUAUUCUCAUUGACCUUCGUAUUCAUUGUCAUCGGCCUUAUCAUAUAUCGCAACAGACGAAUGGCUAAGAAAGCUCUUAACAAAAGACGGGAACCAACAAUUGAGCUGUACGGCGGAUGUAAGCUACAAGACCACACCACAGACCAGGAAUUAUCGGAUAUAUACGAUACUUGUAACAGUUCAAUAAACCAAAGUGAGGCAGAAUACGCAACAAUAGGAAAAUCAUACAAUAAACUAUACGAAAGUGACACUGAUGCAUCUAGCGUAUUUACAAAUGAUUUAGGCUAUGCCAGGCCAUAUGUAAAAAAUAUUUACGCUGGUUUACCCGGUGAUGUCAGAUUAGAUCAAAGAUCUUUUAGUACAUUUCGAGAAUCAGAGACUGAUACUUCAAGUAUAGGAAUGUCACAUGAAAUAUCAAAGUGUUAGGGAAAAUCUAAACCCGGGGAGUUAUGU